UCCUAACAUACCUGGGUACAUGUGUACUUGCCAGAGUUUUAUCAAGUUGGACUCGUUAGGUAAGCAUAGGUAAUUGACCAGGUAAGUACCUAACUCCCCUACACAUACGUAACAUCCCUGGCACACAUGCCGACCACACCUUUCCCAUCCUCGCCUGCGUGAAGGUGUUAUGUUGAGUAUUCUUCAUAAACGGGCUUCCUACGACUAGAAAUUCGACAACUUCCCAGAACUGUGUUGCUAGGUAGCGGAGCAGGAGGCGAUAUCUUGGCGCUUGCCCGCGUAUUCCCUAGCGACGGAGUACUGGGCAGACAGCGAUCUUGAUAUAGCCCGCACGGUCGGUCCUCGUGCCUCAGUUUCGACCUGGCCGUCGCUACCAGUGUUGUCGCUGAGCCCCUACCAACCCCUCAGCCUGUGUCUUGCCCACCUUGGCAAGCUCGGCUGGAAGAUGAGCGGUGGCUGGAAUACCAUCGAGUCGGACGCUGGCGUGUUCACGUUCCUGGUGAACGACCUGGGCGCCGAGGACGUCCAGUUCGAGGAGCUGUUGUCGCUCGACCCGGAUUCGCUGGCGGAGCUGUCGCCCGUGUACGGCGUCAUCUUCCUGUUUAAGUACCCGACGGACACGCCCUACACGACGGCCGAGAAGCCGCUCGACGGGACCUUCGACCACGACGCGGCCGAGCGGCUCUGGUUCGCGGCGCAGACGAUCCAGAACGCGUGCGGCACGCAGGCGCUGUUGUCGGUGCUGCUCAACCGCGGCGAUGACGAGGUCGACGUCGGCGCCCCGCUGCGCGAGUUCCGCGAGUUCACCAUGGCGCUGCCGCCCGAGUUCCGCGGCGAGGCCCUCAGCAACAGCGAGCUGAUCCGCGGCGCCCACAACGCGCUCGCGCGCAGCAGCCCCUUCGUCGACGAGACGCAGCGCGCGGCCACGAACCCGGACGACGCCGAGGACGCGUUCCACUUCGUCGCGUACACGCCGGUGGCCGGCACGCUGUACGAGCUCGACGGGCUGCAGCCGGCGCCCAUCAGCCACGGCGCGGUGGCGGCGGACCCGCUGUCGCCCGCGGGCUUCCCGGCGCGCGUCGCCGAGGUGCUGCAGCGCCGCAUCGCGCGCUACAGCGCGUCCGAGAUCCGGUUCAACCUGAUGGCCAUGGUGCGCGACGGGCGGCGGCGAGCGCGCGAGGCGGGCGACGCCGAGAUGCUGGCGCGCGAGGAGCGCCGCCGCCGCGAGUGGCGCUUCGAGGACGCGCUGCGCCGCCACAAUUUCGUCGGCUUCGCGGGCGCCGUCCUGCGCGCCGUCGUCGCCGCGAAGCUGCGCGAGGACCCGCCCGACGGCGGCGAGCGCGUCUACUCCCGCUGGGUCGAGGGCGCCCGGACGCGGAUGCGGACGCGGCUCCAGAGCCGGAGAAAGGCCGCCGGCGGCGGAGGAGGAGGAGGAGGAGGCGGAGGGGGAGGGGAAGACGAUGUGGAGAUGGAUGAGUGAGAAUGGGCUGG